CAGCAGCAGAUACAUUAUCAGUAGUUGAAAAUUAUGAUUCAAAUUAUUAUCCUCCUAGUAACUUUCAUACAGAUCAUACACUUAAUUUAGAUGAUGAUUUCAGGUUGGUAUCACUUUUUGAGCCUUCAACAGCGUGUAUAUUACCAGCAAGUGAAAACGUUGAUGAUAGCAUAUCUGAAAUGAGUGGCUCAGAUAAUGAAUCUGAGGAUAAAUCGAAUUGCAUAGAGUGUGGUUUUACAUUAAAUACUACAUAUCGUAAAUGUACAGAUCUUGUUUAUGUUAAUAAAUUCACUGAGGAGCAUAGUCACAAGUUGAAUAAUAGUGAAUUAAUUCAGCAAUUUUCACCUUUAUCGCGCAAAAUACCUACCAAUAUUAAAGAGAAAAUUCGCUUUUAUGUUCAGGAGUGUCAAUUGGGGGCAACGCUUCAAACUGGGAUUGAGUUGCGGUUAAAAGAUGAGGUUAAGUACGCAAAAUUUCAAGAAUUAAGAAACAUAAAUCCAACUGCAGGUCUUCCUCAUGUGUCUAAUACGAUUUUCAAGAAAAUUGAUAAAGGUCUCUUACUGUUUGAUAAAAACCAAGAAUCAUCUGUUCAGUUAGUACAAAGUGAUGAUAUCCCAAUUUCAAGUAAUACAUUUCAAGCAUUAGAAAAGAUCUGUGAACAAGAAAUUAAUAAUAAGGCUGCUGUGGAUUCAGACUCAAAAAAGGUUCUCUAUGGCCAUGGUCUCGGCAUUUGCAAAAAAGCGUUGAAUUUAGCGAUUAUGAAUGGUACCAAUAAGGCUUUGGAAGAUGUUUUGCAACAAUUCAUUA